CAGAAAAGACAGAGCCCCAGGUCGGGCAAGGUGAAAGGAAUUCGAAGCGUUCGCUUGCCUUUUCAAUGUCAAGAAAAAUCGGCGGCCGCACGGCAUAUGUAUCUCAAAAGUCGCUUUGUAUGUGCGCUGCUAAAGCGAUCGUACCGCGAUUCACGUGAUUGUUGCUUGGCUUCACGAGAUUCGAGAUCAUAACAAACGCGGUUGCCGUACGUUGCUUGUUUGAUCUUUAAAUUAACGCUAACCGAAAAACUUCGUAAGUUUGUGAAGUGUAUUCUAAAGUGCAUUUCGUUUAUGGAUUAAUUUCUUUCAAAAGCUGGGAGAACUUUUAGUUACACGAUCAAAUAGCAUUCAGCCUGGCGUGGUUCAAGCCCCUGUCCGAUGACAUUAAAAGAAACACGAAGAGAAUGCAAAAAGACAACUGGAAUCGUUCCUAAAAUAUCCUUUCGCUAAAAUUGUCGUGACGGACGUGCUGGUGAUGUGAUAUUUUUAAAUCGUGCAGACGCCCGCCAAUUCGAAAACAGCCUUAUCAAAAAAACUCGUGUACAAUAAAUCAUCGACAAUGGUGCUCAGCGCGUUUAAUCCAAUUUUGUUGUCGAUGUUCGGUCGUAAUUCGAUGUGACAGUGUUUGUAAAAAAGUGUGAUUGCGUCGAUUAAAUUAUUAUUAUCUUAUCAGGCGAUAAAAGUCGGGAAUCUAGGAAACUACUAAAAAAGUGACGGUUUCUAUUGUCUUCGCUCCGAUGGGCGGUAUCAGCUAGUACUCAUCGCAUUUCAUCCAAUCAAAAUGUGCAAAUGUUGUCAAAGCUGCCUAGAAACAUGUUACUGGAACCUAAUCGAAGAAAAAUUCUGCUUCGACGAAAGUAUAGCUACGUACGAAGAGCCCGUAAAAAAGUCAAACGAAAAAAACAACAACAUGUUUGACAACAUGGCUUUCUACGAUAGCGUAUCUGUGAUAGCUGGGCGUGCGAUUGUAACAAUCGACCCUUUGCCAGAAAGGAAGAAGGAUCCAGAACCACAAAUAGUGGUGGAUCAACCCAGAAGACUGAAAUGGCCGAAGCAGAACUCCAAGAACCUCGGUUCGGAUUAUAUCAAUGGAGCGGUACCAUUUAUCUCCGAACCGGUUAGUGAUAGUAAAACCGUGAGUGAAACGGAUGGUACCGAGAGUGAAACUCACGAAAAACUUUUGAGCGACAAAAAGUCGAAACUCAAUGAAAAAUUUCCAAUUAAAAAAUCCGUCAGUUUUCACAACAUUCCUGACAAGACGUCAUCCAGUUCAAGUGACGAAGGAGAGCCCAAAUCAAAAUCUGUCAAUUUGAUCGUCCCAGAAGAAGAAGAAGUGACAUUAAGGAAGAAGUCAUUAAGGGAACGAAGGAUGUCAAAAAGUUUAUCCUUAAAGAUAGAUUUUCCAAAAGAACUGCCCAUCAUCCGGCAAAAUUCCGUGCCAAAAUUCUACUUGGACACUCCCGACGAAAACCAGACCAAAGAGUCCACUCUGGUGAGAAACUCGGCCUCCGUGCUGAAGAGUCCCAUGAUGGUGUCCAGCGAUUUCAAGUUCGAUCUGUAUUCGGUGGUGCAAAUGGAAAAGGACAGAGUGUUUACCGAGAAGGUUAGGACGCCUCCGGUGCCGAUACAUCGCGAAUCUUCAAAACUGAAUCUGAUCAAAGAGAAGAUGAAACUGAAGAAAAGCAAAAGUACAGUCAGUGCCGUUACAUUACCUUAUAGUAAUCAUAUAUAGUUAGGUUGCUAGAUAAGUUGUCUUAAGAUAUUCCUAAAAUAAAGCAAACGAAUGAUUGGAAGACCGAGAAAAAAACGACAUUAAAAUGGUCUCCGUGAUGACUGUAGGGUGAUUCACGGCCCUGGUACGUUAGACGUUUAUGGAGAAUCGGUGAUUUUUUUUAAAUUUGGAUUUAUGCAUAUAGAGAGAUUUUCAGCGUUGCCGCUUCAUAAUAAGUGUGAUAGCAUCUUUGUUAAUUUAAAUGGAACACCUGUUAUAUUAUUACAUUUUUCGAAACCACUUUCAUAUCCUAUAAUAUUGUUCUCCUAUACUAACGUAAAAAUAUGUGUAAAAUUGCCAAAAACAUGAUCUUGAAUAAGCGUUAGUUAAAUCAUAAAUUCGGCAAUUUGAAAGCUGAAAUUUGGUUUAUAGCUUAACGAAACUCGUCAUAAUCGUCACUCGACAUAAUCUGUCUAAACCAACCGAUUGGGUAUCAAACAGAAAGAUCAAAAUAGUUAUUUGUGCACCAAUGCCGUAAAGUUGAUCUUUUUUUGGCCGAAUAUGAAUUUUUUUUGUUGAAACUGAAUUCUAUAAUCUAAAACUGAUUUUUUUUCUGAAUAUGAAAAUUGGCCUUGGCUACGCCUCGGCCGCAAAUUUCAGGUGGGGACAAAAAAGAUAAAAAGGCCGAGGUGCACACAAUUAUGUGGCACACACUUUAUGUGGACAUUAGACUUGCUAAAUUUCUUGCUAAAAAUAUUGUCAUGAUUUAUUAUUGUAGAUUUCAACAAUAAUCAUUCUAUUAUAAUUAUUUUGUUUAAAGAAAUUCGUUACUAUAAUAAACAUUCAAACCUUAUGUGGACAUUAGACUUGCUAAAUUUCUUGCUAAAAAUAUUGUCAUGGUAAGGAAAUUCUUGAAAUGAAACUAUAAUAACAAAAUUAUUAAUUUUUAAAUAGCUCAACUUAAAAAAACGAAAGGUAGAUAUAGGAACGUGAUGUAUUGUUGAGAGGCAAUUUUGUUAGUCUUUUGGUUUUUUAAAAAAUAUACAUAGGGUUGAAUAAAUAACAGAAAUUUGAGCAAUUUUAUAAUAAACGAAAACAAGUAUUUUUUUCUUCUUCCUGUGUAAUAUCCAAUCAGUUGGUUUAGAUAGAUCGAAUAUACCGACUUUCUUUAUCCCAAAUUUCAACUUUAAAAAUUUUCAAUUCAUGAUUUUACCAAUGCUUAUUCAAGAUCACGUUUUUGUCAAUUUUACAUAUAUUUUAUUUUUUAUGUCAAAAAGGUACAGGUUAGUAUAAUAAAAAAAAUAUGAGACACGAAAGCAAUUUCCAAAAAUGUAAUAAUAUACUCCAUGUUCCAUUUAAAAUAACAAAGUAACUACCCCUUUUCAAAUGAUUGGCAGGAUCCGGGACUUGUUGCAGUGAAGGGAGAAAAUAUCCCAAAAAGGGCGACCAUCACGGUCUUUCUGCCGAGGAGCCAGGGGAAAACACCACCUACUUGCUGAGACUUUUCCAGACUCAGAACUACAAUGUAAGGACAUCGAGUUGGCGAGUCAUCAACUCGAGGGAGGAGGGUCAUUGUUAGGUCUUCACAAUAGGAAUUGACCUCAAAUCCAAGGAGGCAAUAGAGAAAUGGGGAUAUAUCAUCUAUUAUAGUUUCGCUACAACACUGGUAUCAGGUCUAAGAAGAGACGUUAAAGAGGUAGGCAUAAUGGAGACAGAUCCUCCAGCCCCCACCUCACGGGUACCUCAGCCGGAGACAAGCUCCUCCACUGUGAAGAGCACGGAGGGCUAAGCCCCAACCGUGGAAGGAUGUAUGUGUACCUUCGGAGGAAGAACAACUGUUGUCAGAGGAGGAUGGGAAAUACCCUGUCCCCCUACAACAGGAAAAUCCCCAUAUAUGAUGAGUUAUAGACUAUAUGUUGAGUUAUAACUCGAUGAAGGGGGACACAAUCGAUCUUUAAGGUCGCAGUGAUUAACCCCCCCCCCUCAAUCAUUCUACAUCACUAUCACUUUCUGACAACAUUUUACCUUUCUUUCUUACCCAUAUUCGAAGGAGCCAACGAAUGAAGCCAACGAUCAGUGAAAAAAUUGACGCCAACGAAAAAUGGGUCAAGUGCGAGUCGGACUCGCGCACGAAGGGUUCCGUACCAUUCAUUAUCUAUACAACAUUAGACACUAUAUUAUUAUAAACUUUUUUUCCGAU